UUUGUCCACUUGAAUUGCACCUUGGGUACACAGCGGAUUCCUAUAUAUUUAGUUGCCCGGUGCCCAGAAUCCUCCACCCCUACAAGAUCAACCAUUUCCACUACCAGUUGCUGGCCUCCUCCUGCUCUGCUCUCACAACUCUCACCGACUUCCUUUCAUGGCUCAAACAACUCCAAACCACACUCAGACUGUUUCAGGCUGGGCAGCGAAUGAUUCUUCCGGCAAGAUCACUCCUUACGUCUUCAAGCGAAGAGAAAAUGGAGCGGAUGAUGUGACAAUCGAGAUCUUGUAUUGUGGGAUGUGCCAUACAGACAUACACCAUGUCAAGAACGAUUGGGGUAUCACCAUGUACCCUGUUGUCCCCGGGCAUGAAAUUACUGGGAUCAUUACAAAGGUGGGGAGUAACGUGAGGAAAUUCAAGACGGGGGACAAAGUGGGGGUGGGGUGCUUGGCAGCAACCUGUUUGCAGUGUGAGUUUUGCAAGGACUCCCAGGAGAACUACUGCGAUGAGGUUCAAUUUACUUACAAUGGCAUAUUUUGGGACGGCAGCAUCACUUAUGGCGGCUAUUCCAAAAUGCUGGUCGCAGAUCAGAGGUAUGUGGUGCGCGUGCCGGAUAGCUUGCCGAUGGACGCAGCGGCGCCACUGUUGUGUGCCGGAAUCACAGUCUACUGCCCGAUGAAAGACCACAAUCUGUUGGAGCCGGACUCGGCUGCGAGAAAGAUAGGGGUGGUUGGUCUGGGAGGUCUUGGGCAUGUGGCUGUGAAAUUUGCCAAGGCAUUUGGUCAUCAUGUCACUGUCAUUAGCACAUCUCCCUCCAAGGAAAAAGAGGCCAAAGUUCGAUUGGGUGCAGAUGAUUUCCUCCUCAGUACGGAUGCCAAACUAAUGCAGACGAGGAAAAGGACUCUAGACUUCAUUGUGGACACGGUCUCGGCUAAGCACUCUAUUGGUCCCUUGCUGGAGCUGCUGAAAGUGAAAGGAACCUUGGUGAUUGUGGGGGCACCUGAGAAGCCGAUGGAACUACCCUCUUUUCCACUGAUUUUCGGGAAGAGGGUGGUGAAAGGAGGCAUAAUUGGAAGCAUCAAAGAAACACAAGAAAUGAUGGAGGUUUGCGGCAAACGUAACAUCGUGUGUGACAUCGAAGUCGUCCAGACGGAGCAGAUUAAUGAAGCACUGGAGCGCCUAGCCAAGAAUGAUGUCAAGUACCGAUUUGUCAUCGAUAUCGCCGGAAAGUAAAGCCGUUCCCACUAAAAAAAUUCAGCCUUAGCUGCACCCACACGGGAUCCUCAGUGCCACUUUUUUAGUGACAAUUCAGUGACACUUCUAUAUUUAUAUCAAAUGUCCUGUUUAUUUAAUUUGUCAUGUGCUAUUUAUUUAAAUUUCUUCUACCAUCACAUGAUAAGUGGGAUUGAUAUUGAAUUUAACACCGAAUAAUGACAUAGAAAAUCCCAACUGAGCUGCACCGGAUUGUUAAAACACCGUUUUUUAUUAGUCUCGUCUAGUGUCUACUAGAUGGCAUGGCAAUUCUAAGUCUCCUUGAUUCUCCAUUUGUACCGUACUACUACUGGUGGUAUUUUUCAAAACAAUUUGAGCCGUAGUGUUUGUAUUA